UAUCUACUCGAUGGAACAGUACGUUCUACAUGCUGCAAACCUUGCUGGAGCAGAAGAGAGCAAUCGGUGCUUACGCCGCUGAUUUCGAGUUACCAGCUACUCUCACGGCUUCUCAGUGGAGUUUAAUCGAAAACAUAGUCACACUCCUUGCUCCUUUCGAACAGUUAACCAGAGAGAUUUGCCAGGCUGAUGCAUUGGCAUCAAACGUGAUUCCUUCAGUCAACGCUUUAAAACGGCUGUUGAGCAAGAGUGCUCGCUCUGACUUCGGAGUUAAAACCAGCAAAAACGCUCUGUUAGAAGCUGUAAACACACGCUUCAGUGAUAUUUACACAGAGCCUCUGUACUGCGUUGCUACAAUGGUCGACCCAAGAUACAAAGAUCGCUAUUUUGCCGCAGAAGUGAAACUACAGGCACACGAAAUGCUCCAAACCGAGAUGGAGAAAGCAUCAAGUGAGCGCUCAGAGCAAACAAGUGAGCUACAAGAACGCCCACGAGAAAAAAGAGCCAGGACGGAUGACCAAGCGACGUGCUCCCUCUUUGAUAUGUACGACGAAAUUCUGGAAGAAACGCUGACCCCUCAGGAAAACACCCAGACAACAACUGAGGUGCAGGGAUUCCUGUCAGAAGCUCCAGUAGCAAGGACAGAAAGCCCACUGCAGUACUGGAAUAACAACAAAAGUCGAUUCCCUACUAUUGCCAAAGUAGCAAAGAAGUUCCUGUCUGCUCCAUCCACUAGUGUUGACAGCGAGAGGUUAUUUAGUGCAACUAGCAAUGUGAUCAAUGAAAAGAGGAACAGAAUUGCAUGUGAUAAAGCAGAGAUGCUCCUGUUAGUGAAGAAAAACCUUCCUCUCCUUCUGAAAAAUACAGACUGAUGAACUUCUAGAAAAAAAAAUGGUUUGCUCAGAUUUUUUUGUGAAGAAGCACAAAGGCAAAGGAUUAUUUCUGUACUACUGUAUCAAAAAAGGUCCACUGGUAUUGGUUUAUGUUUAAGGAUUUGCUUUA